AUGUCGAUCAUUCCUCAGGGCGAGGUGGCGCGGGAGAGCGGCGGUGGGCCAUUCCUGUACCAGCAGUUGACGGCGGCAAACCACACGAGCUGGGUGAUUCACCUGCAGUCGAUGAAGGAAGAUCAAGGCAUCUGGGAGGCAGUCGAGCCAGCGGUUGGUGUGGCUGUCGAUGAGAAGAAGGACAAGAAGGUGAGGUGGCAAGAAAAAACAUCGAAGGAGGUUUGGGAUUGUCUCAAGACAAGGUUCGUCGACGCGGAUCGUGUCAAGAACGCGCGGCUUCUAAUGUUGAAGAGCGACUUCAAUGCCAUGGGCAUGCAGGAGGGAGAGAGCUUGGACCAGUACGCCGGAAGGCUCAACAGCAUGUCUAUCAGGUACGCAAACCUAGGGGAGACACUCGACGACGCUGCAUUGGUCAAAAAGCUGUUUGACAUUGUGCCGGAUCGAUUCCUAAGUGUGAUCAUCGGGAUCGAGCAGUUCUACGACCUAAGGCAUUCAAGGAAGCUGUGGGGUGGCCUAAGGUGUUUGAAGAAUGUGCAUCCCGCGUUCACUCAGGCCGUGUGGCAGACGCGGCAGAAGAAGGAUUGUGGAAACUCCUCAUCAAGCAACAAGGGCAAAUCCCACCUUGCUGCAGAUAGCAGCAACCACAACCAGGGUGGUCAUGGACGCGGUAGAGGCAUGGCAGAGGGAGCCGUGCUACUGAAUGAGGAGAAAUUGAAGCCAGAACUACGCGACACAACGGAGGAAGGAUCCAGCUCUGAGGUCUGGUACCUAGACAAUAGGGCCAGUAAUCACAUGACCGGUGACAAAGAGAAGUUCAGAGAGCUGGACGAAGGUGUCACUGGCAAAGUGAAGUUCAGGGAUGGCUCCACAGUGCAGAUCAUGGGCUUAGGGUCUGUCAUGUUCAGCUACAAGAAUGGUGACCAGUGGCUAUUGCAGGAGGUCUACUAUAUUUCAAGACUAUGCAGCAAUAUCAUCAACCUUGGACAACUUACCGAGGUUGGACACAAGGUGAUCAUGGAUGCUGAACAUCUACAUGUGUAUGAUAAUAGUCCUGCAUGGUUGCUGAUGAAAGUGAGGCGAACUCCAAAUCGCCUCUACAAGAUCGAGUUGCAUCAAGCGACGCUGGCGAGGCAGCCAUUCCCGACUACAGCAAGUUUCAGGGCGAAGAAGCCAUUAGAGCUGCUGCAUGCUAACCUUUGCGGGCCGAUCACACCUUCGACACUCGUUGGUAACAGUUACUUCAUGUUAUUUGUUGUUGAUUACUCAUGGUGGAUGUGGGUGUUCGUGAUCAAGUCAAAGGAACAAGCUUGCUCCAUGUUCAGAAAGUUCAAGUUCCAGUUAUGCGAGGAGGUUGGGAUCAAACGGCACCUCAUCGUGCCAUACAUGCCACAACAAAACGGUGUGGUGGAGCGGAGGAAUAGGACCGUGGUGGCAAUGGCGAGGUCCCUCCUUAACAGCAUGAAUGUGCCUGGAAGGUUUUGGGGGGAGGCAGUGCGACACACGGUGUACAUGCUGAAGCGCUUACCGACGAAGGCGCUGGACGAACGCACCCCGUUCGAGGCUUGGAACGGAAGGAAGCCACAUUUGGCACACCUUCGUGUGUUCGACUGCACUGCACAAGCGAAGGCCACACCGCUAUCGAGCGAGAGCAGCAACACUAAUGAGGGCCCUGUGCGCUACAGGCACAUUGACGACAUCAUGAGAGAUGCUCCAAAAGUAGAUCUCGAUGGGGACAUCGAAGAAGAGGCCAUGCUCAUGGAGACAGAGGAGCCAUCUUGCUACCUUGAGGCCGCUAGGCAGCAGGUCUGGGAGGACGCCAUGGCCAAGGAGAUCGAGUCCAUAGAGAAGAAUGACACAUGGACUCUCAUGACGUCGCCAGCUGGUCACAAGCCAAUUGGGCUUAAAUGGGGAAACUCGGCGAAUGAGGGUGCUGACUUGAUGGAGCGGCGCCCGCUGAAGCCGUUCCGCUAUGAAUUUAUGUGGCAGCGGCAUGAGGGCUAUGAAGAUUUUGUUAAUCAGGCUUGGGACCCAGGUAUGGGUUAUUGUGACCUACAAAGUAUAUCCGCCUCACUGACCUCUCUACAAUGCUCUCUACGGUCAUGGGACAGGGAUGUUUUCGGCUCUGUCCGCAAGCAGUGCAGUCACCUGCGGUGUGAGCUGGAGAUGGAAAGGAGUCAGACUCUGUAUUGUGGUCCUACCAGGAGGGAAAAGGACCUCAUGCGACAACUCUCAAAAGUUUUGGCUAGGGAGGAAACAAUGGAAAAGCAACGAUCACGUACCUCCUGA